AAAGCGCCAAGACCAAGUCUUUAGCGUAUCUGGCAAGGAAAAACAGAAUUUUGGAAAAACCUGUUAAUUCUCAGCUAUGGAGUUAACACCUACUCAACGAAAAAACUUGGUUCCUUUGGUUCUGUUUCUGGCCAAUUUAAUCUAUCUUUACUUAGGAGGGCUCAUCUUUGAAUCUAUAGAGUACGAACCUAAAACGAAAUAUACAACGACAGACGAUGUGAGUUUGUUUUUGGAAACUUUGAAGGAAACGUCACUUGGAAAGAGAAUGCUGCCGUCAGAUUUUGACAGCAAAGAAGUUGUUAAGGGUUUACAAACGGACUCAUUGAAAAAUCUUAAUGAUAAGUUUGAGAAAAUUCAAAACGAAAGGAUAAUUGCUUCCAGACCGCACUGGAGUUUUUCGAAUUCGCUCUUCUUCGCCACAACUGUAGUCACAACAAUCGGCUAUGGUAACCUAGCCCCGAUAUCAUUGGGCGGUCGCAUGUUCUGUAUUAUAUACGCUCUCAUUGGAAUACCUUUGACCCUGAUGUUGUUAGCCGUGGUGGGAAAUCACAUCGUGCACUACCUAAACAACGCAUGCGCUUGGCUAGUGAACCGCAUUCGAGCCUACCAUAGUAACUACGAGUUCGAGUCUGCAGAUACACAGAUCAAUGCACCUGUCUGGAUUGCAUUGCCGAUCAUCUUCGUAUUUUUAGCGAUUAUGUCUUCGAUGUACUGCGCUCUGGAGGGAUGGGAUUUUGGCACGGCGCUGUAUUUCAUCUUUAUCACAUUUACAACCAUUGGAUUUGGAGAUAUCGUGCCUCGAUCUCAAGCGCUUGCAUUGAUAUUUCAGGGUAUCUGGAUCAACCUGAUGCUCCUAUAUAUCGGAUUGUCGAUCGUCUCCAUAACCAUCAACCUCUGCGCGCAGAGCCUCAUGGCUCAGCUGAAAAAGACUGGUCUCCACACGAAGAUCCUGCAACUCUUCUCAACGCAAGGGGACUCGGCCGAGGGCAUCAACGCUCGCACGCAACAAGGAGAAACCGCUGAUAGAGAUCAGGCUCGGAAAUCCAAUAGGAGAAAAGGUAAAAUAGGAGAGAGGAUAGCGAUGUCAGAUCUUGAGCCUCGCUCUGAUGGCGAGAGGUCUGGUCCUGGCCGAGAGGAUAAAGAACAUUCGACAAGGCUGAAAAUAAAUCGAGAGGCCGAUGGCAAACAUUAUGGAACCCUACAAGAAUAAAAAAUUUGAGAUUGUUUCCACAAUACAUACAGGCUGGAAAGUGUCUGGCAUGAAAUGAAACCCAGCAUAUCACACGUGUAACUGAAAGUAGUCAUUUACUGUAUUACGACAGUCACAACUAUUGGCGUUUAUGAAACAACAGAGUGAGCUGUCAUGAUCAAAGAAAAUAAAUGCGAGAUUGUGAG